GUUCAGGAAUCUCCACGUGGGAGGGCUUUUCUGAUCCACCAGGGUUUAAAUAUUUGGAGGAAAUGAUGACCUGAGGUUGAGGUUGUACAGAAGAAGAAUCACCGCUUUCAAGGUCCAGAAGCUGAAGCUCUAAGACGAACCAAAACUCUGGAAGACUCUCCAAUGGCUAACCUGGCGAUCCUCCUCACGUUGGUGCCCGUGCUGGUUGGUGGUGCCCCCAUUUCCCAGGCUCUGUUCCCGACCGACUGCUCCGAUAUCUACGCCAACGGACAAACCCUGAGUGGGGUUUACCUCAUCUACCCUGCAGGAGAGUCACCUGUGCAGGUGUACUGCGAUAUGGGCUGCUCGGGAAGCGGCGCGCAGGACGCCAAGUGGACGGUCUUUCAGAGAAGGAUGGACGGCACUGUGAACUUCUACAGGCCGUGGAAUCACUACAAGAGCGGAUUCGGGAACAAGUACGGAGAGUACUGGCUGGGUCUGGAGAACCUCCACCAGCUGACCAGUAAGAGGAAGUACGAGCUGAGAGUGGACCUGCAGGACUUUGAGGGAACUUCGGUCUACGCUCAGUACUCCUCGUUCUCGGUGGAUUCAGAAGCCGAGGGCUACAAACUUGACAUCAGCGGCUUCGUCAACGGAGGAGCAGGUGAGUCUCUGGAAAGCCACAAGGGACAGAAGUUCUCCACCUUCGAUAAAGAUCAGGACACGUAUGCAGAGGGCAACUGUGCCAAAUCCUACCUCGGUGGAUUCUGGUACGGUCAAUGCCACCAUGCUAACCCUAACGGUAUCUACCUGUGGGGGAAGGAUGCCACCCACUACGCCAUCGGUAACGUGUGGCACCAUUGGAAAGGAUAUGAUAACGGUCUCAAGACCAUCACUAUGAAGAUCAGACCUGUUGCCCAGACCUAACCGAAGGUGUUAGUCCUCUUGGUCUUCUAAAAUCUUUGGAUGUAAAAUAUUUGUGAUCUACCGAGAUGUAUGUAGCUUUUUUAAAUGCUGUAAUAAAAUCCUGUCUGUUGGUCCAACCAA